AAGAGAGUUGGCGAAUUAAUAAUCAUCACAAAUUGGUCAGUUUCAGUGUCUGUGGCGUGGAAAAAUAAAGAGAAGAAAAGCGAAACCGCACCAAGGGGAGGAAGAAGAGCGAAGAUAGGGAAGCAGAAGAAGUGUGAAGUGUGAGCUUUGAUAAUACCAAAAAUAACCACAUACUGGAAGCCGGGCGGCAGCAGCAUUGAAGAGUUCGCCGCUUUCUAGCGUGUUGAGUUUGAAGUUGAAAUCGAGUGUUGUCUGCGUUAUUUUGGGGGGAUUGUGUUGAUUGUGGUGUUUGACGGAAAGAAACAGGUGGAAUAACAAAGAGCACCCCGUCAUCGGUAUCGUCAUCAGAGAACGGUGGUUUGACGGAAGCCCCAGUUAUAUCCAGCUGUCUACCGGAAGCCGGGAAAUUUCAUCAAAGGUCGACGCCUAUCGGAUAUAGAAGUAGCGGAAUCAAGAUUUAUUCUAUUAAAAAGGCAAGACAAAACCGUUUCACCACCCUCAGCUACUCCCCAGUCGUACAACAAACCCAGUGAAGCCACACCCAGCCCACAGAGAUCCGACGAAGCUGUGAACACCUCCGGCGCAAGCCAUCACCAAGGCGCUCGGACCAACGAAACCUCCGACAGUAAACCGCCAGUGACCAACGAUGAAUGUGAUAUCAUUGAUUUUCCACUGCCGGAGAUCCCCGUAAAGCAGGAUCCAACCUCGUCGGACAAUAGUUUCCUGACGGCAACCGACGGUAACGACACGGCCGGAGACGAUGCCCAGGUCUCUCCAGCACUAGUGAAACGAUCGAACAGCAGCGAACAUACUGCAAUUCUCAGCCCUUCGAAAGCGAAUUCAGCUGAACAGGAAAUGCACUACCGCAACUCGAACGACAAACCGACUUACCUUUUCGGUGAGAACCUGAAAAAGAAUGAAAUAUUCCUCAACAAGUCCGGCUGGGUGCAGGUCAGCCAGCCACCGCAAUACCCGGGAGACCGAAGCGUUCGGGCAAAGUCGUUCCAACCGGAGCUGGCUGGCCCAAGAACGUCUCGGAAAUACAUCGAAUACAAUGAAAACCGGUAUGGAAAGGGAAGCAAGCUGGAAGAUCUGAUCAACCGAAACGAAGCUCGAAGGAGUCAGGUUCAGAAGGUUCAACGACAGGACAAUGUGACAAUCUUAAAAAUCGAUCCCCAGCUCUCGUCCGGAGGCCGUCCAAUAUGUCUUCCAAUCAAACGGAACUUGGCGGACAAUUCGCCGCCUCCAGUGACUCCGAUUUUGUCACCACCACCUGCCUUCCAAGACUCAACGCAAAAGACCCGCCUUAGUGACAUCAAACCCGGUACGCGGAUAUUCCUCUCCGUGGUAGACAACGAAAACCGGAAUCCCAAAGGCAUGGUCUUCUCGAGAAGCUUCGAAUACGACAACCGACGGUACACCACUCCUAUAGCCACGUCCCAGCAACGUCCCCAGAACCAGUCCUACCUAGGUAACUUCUCGAAAAGUUUCGAUUUCGACACCAGCCUCAUAUCCCCCAUGCCCAAAACCACGGAUCAACCCUUCAUUCGACGGAACAAAUCACCUACUCCGGCCUUCUCCACCCUUACCGGAAAUUCCCCCAAUUACCUGACGAAAAAGGAGAAACCCACCUCCAACCCGCAACUCAUAUCCAGCGAUAAGUCUCCGAUCUUCCCGAAGUCCAUCCCCGGUAGCAGUGUGACCAGCUCCGGUUACGAAUCUCUGAAACGAUUUGGCGACAAGAACAAAUCGUUCGACUCCCAGAUGAUGUCUUCCAGCGUGGUAAUGGGCGCCGCAGGCCAGCGCUCUCGACGGUCACAGUUCACCACCAAGGCCAACUCGACUCCCGGACUGCCGUCGUACGGAUUCCGAUCCGAUUCGGUCGGCGGCAACGCCCGACUCAAUUCCUGUGAUAGCGGUGCCCGAUCCGAUUACUCGAACGACGGCGUCGAAGACGAAGAAGAAAACGUGAGCGACGACCAAUCAUCCUCGCUGGCACUCAGCUACAAGUCGUCCACCUCGUACAUGAACCAGAUCAAAGGCCGUGCCGGACUGUUCGGCAGCUCUGGUUCUGGGAACACUCUUACCGCCCACAGUGCCCUAAAACCGCAGCGUUCGUUAACUCCGGAGCGACUAUUCGACAACGAAGACUACGGUAGCAUACGAAAUCUGAAGAAGCAACGAUCGCUCACCCCGGAGAAACGAUCCCGAACUCCAGACGACCGCAGCAAACCCCGCACCAAAGGCGACAUGAACAGCUCGCAGUCAUCGUUGGUUUCCCGACAGAGUUCCGGUUCCCGAAGUAGCACUCUGGAAAGACGCUAUGACGAAGGCUACAUGCGAACCUCCAGCCGAAGUUCGUCUAGCUCUAGCUACAGCGGUGACGAAGCGCACGCUUCGUCCUACCGUAGAACUCAACAACGAGGAGCUUCGCUUCGACCGGGAAUCGUCACCGGUGACUACAAGAUUCGGCGAUCCAGAUCCUUGCAGUUGUCCGAGAGAUCCCCCAGUCGGCAGCAGGUCCCCAACAUCGGAGUGGCGGCCCUACCCCAUAAGGUCGUCGUACGGUUGGGGAACGUCCCGAACAAGGAACGGCCGGCCUACGUGACGGGGUCGCGGAAACUUACCGGAAGUCAAUUACUGACGCAAGCGGAUUCGGUGUACCCGCGAGUGUCGCCCAGCAGUACUCUGGAUCGGUUGCGGAGAGAGACGGCUUCGCACACGAUCGUGGACGUGCAGGACAAGAGCAAAUCAUUCGAUAACAAUAACUAUGGCGGCUACGAGUAUGAGUAUGAUAAGAGUAAGUCCUUUGACGAAAACUACGGCGUGGAGAGCGACAAGCGAGGGUACGUUGCGACGGAGGGAAGAUCUUACAGUCACGAUCGAGUGUUUGGAUCGACGGGGACUUCUUCGAGUAAUGAGUAUAGCCAAUCGUCCACGUCGAGGAACAGAAGUCCACAGACGUACGGGAGCAGAUUGUACGAGCAUGACCUGCAGCCUCAGCAGUCCUUUGACGUAAGCCGGAUGAGUCGAUCGCCGAUCAUGAACUACAAUCAACGACGAGUGAUCGCUAGGGAGCGAUCACCUGUACCUGGAGCCAGCAAAGCCAUGCUAGGACAGCACUACCAGAAGCCUUCGGAUUUGUAUCUGAUGAGGAACCUGACACCGGACUCGGAGUAUGACGAUCGAACAACGCCCGAUUUCGGAGAUGGUCAAGUGCCGACUUCAACGACGAUAGCACCGCCCACGACGGCUGCAGCAGCUGCAGCGGCCUUCAAGGAAGCCGAACUGGUGAAGAAGUUCUUGUACGCAACGAAAAACAAGCAAUUGCAAAGAGAGUCACGUAACGUUGUUGUACCUCCGGCCGGAACGCCAUCUACUGGAAGUUGUACCGCUAGUUCCUGUGAUUUUUGGCCACACUGUGGCGUCACGUCCUCGACGACGCUUUCGGUCGAACACAAUCAGUUAACAAAAUCGGGUAGUGAAAACUGUUUGAACAGAAGAAGUAUCGGUGCCGGAGGUGACAUUGCAAGUUAUGCUACAGGUCUUCUCGGUAGUACUAGUACUAGUGGAACAGCAACAGGUGGUGAAGUGAUUGUGAUCGGUGCAAAGUCUGGCGCCCCGGCGAUGGUCACCGUCAAGGCCAAUAGCUACGGAGGCGUCGGACACCAUCCGUUGAAGAAGCAACAAAACAUAGAAAUCCAUGACCAAGACCUUCCGACGAUCAUAGGCGCAGGACCUUCACGCUACAUCUACGGUGCGCCCAAUCGGCCGGCCAUCGUGAAGGCCAACUCGAUCACUUUCCUCGGUGAACACGAGAUGCCAAUUACACGCGACCGUGUUUCGAAGUCGUUUUCCCAUCAGGGCUCGACGUCGACCAUGACUACGACGGCGGCCACCCUGGCCAAGCAGGACUCCACUUCCUCGAAAAGCAAUUAUUCGCUGGCGGAUCAGACGCCGGGAUACAACAACAGCCACGGUAGAACUGCCGUUCCGAAAGGCGGGAACAGUGGCGGGGGAAGCAGCAAUAGCAGCGUCAAAAGCAAUAGUAGCAAUUAUAGAGUCAAUCGAAGUCCCAGCAAUAAAAGCAAUCCUCCGGGUUCGAGCGGAAACAAUCACCGCUACUACGGUGGUGGUACUGGUGGUUCUGCUGCAACGGCGGCGGACAAAGCUGGCUCCGGGAGUGACGGACGUGAUAGGAAAGCAAGCAGACCGACCUACGUCGCAGCACCCAAGUCGCACCGGGCAUCCUCAAGCUCGUCGUCGGCCGCAAUCAAACGAAAGUUUGAAAUGAAACUGAAAAGCCGCUCGCUGCCAAAGUCCUUCAUGCGCUACAGCAAUCUGACCUCGGAUGACUUGGAGCUGUCGGCAAUAUUUUCACCAAAUUCGGUAAGUCGAAAUGUUAUCUUAUAACUUCAAAUUGUGGUAAUCGAAUACUAGGGGUUUGAACCUUUACCUGGUUCAAGGUUGA